AGACGCGGAAGUGUAGGACAUGUCACGUGAUUGCCCCGGAUGUCAACAAAACUGUGGUUGAAGUUGUCUCCGGUUUUAGCGAUGUUUUUUUAUCAUUUAGUAAAAUUUCAUUGUUGAAAACGUGGUUGAUAUGAAAGUAUAGCGGUUAUUUAAGUUUGUAGAUCUAAAGGAAGGAUUUGAAAAUGCGCCCUGACUCGCCUCUGUCCAGCGUCAACGUAGUGCUGGUGAUGGCCUAUGGAAGUCUGGUGUUUGUUCUGCUGUUUAUCUUGGUGAAGAGGCAAGUCAUGAGGUUUGCUAUGAAGACUCGCAGAGGACCGCACGUACCUCUGGGUCAUAACGCACCAAAGGACCUGAGGCAGGAAAUAGACGCCAAACUAAAUAAAGUACAGAAAAUCCAGUUUGAACCUCGUCUGAUUUCUCCUGACGAUGAGAGACUAAAAUACAGAGGACAAAAUGGUUGCUAUGAUUACAUCUACAGGAUGAGGGCUCUGGAUGCCAUCAGAGACGCCGAUUUCCCCUUCCACGAACUGGGCGGUACGUCGACGGCUGUGACAGGGAAGCGCUUCAGGACCUGGCUGCUGGAGCUGCGCAACUCCCACUCCUUCUUCUGCAGCACCAACCGGCCGCUCAUCGACAGGGUGCUGGAGGGGUACAACUGUGCACGCCACGGCCCGGAGGAGUUUGGCCAGGCAGAGUAUUUGAAAUACCAGGAGGCUCUUACUGAACUGGCCUCUGUUGUGAAGUCCUUUGCCAGCUGCAGCACUCUGAACCUGGAUCACCAGUCUGCCGCAAGGGACUUGAGCUACAGCCCGGAGCCCGCGACCUCUGACCCUCCGACCCAGAGCAGCGCCCUCAUGGCGCCGGGGACCCACCAGCAGCGGAGCAAGCUGCCAAAGCACUUCCUGGAGCUGAAGAGCUUCAAAGACAACUACAACGCGCUGGAAAGUGUGCCCUGAACGGAACUCUGUUUGAACCCUCCUGUGGCGGUCCGUGGGAGGUCAGAGUCAAUGUUGUAGCGCGCUACCACUUAGAUGAAAGUGCCUAUUGGUCUGGAGAUGGAGAACAGGAUGCACACCUUUGGUGGAGAAGGUAUUACUACUGCCUUAGUGAACUACUGUGGGGGGGUCACCCUUCAUGGUGUUAAUACAGCCUUAUAGUAUUAAUACACCACUUUUGGUUUGAACUAAGCAUUGCACUGCAGUUCACUGAUAAGGUUCUGUUUACAUUAACUUAACUUAGUAUUAUUGUUAUGAUAUGUGAACCGAAUAGAUGGUGUGUAUGAAUAUUUAGCCAAACAAAAUAUUAUGCAAUGCUAUGAGACAAUCAGUGUUAAUUGCAUUAAACAAUCUUGCAGAAAUGUUCUGUUGCAACGUCAUGAAAGCCUGCUUGCUUUCCCUUAGCGUUAAUCUUUCAAAAGCCAUAACAAAGCCAAUUAUUCAUUUAAGAUAAAAUGCUUUUCAUUCUCUUCUCACAGCGUAAUUGUUAUGUUUAUCAAUGCAUACUGCAUUGUGAGAAUGUGUCUGUGUCUGUGUGUCUAUAGGAUGUAUACUACUUGAAGACCAACAUGUCACACUGGUUUUCAGAUAUGGACUAUGUCAACUGACUAAUGGGUUUCUUUGGGAAUCAUGUCAAAUAAGUGGUGUACAGGAAUAUAUUAUUUAUGUUGUGAUUAUGUAAAUCAUGCUAAAGCUUAUUUAAUAAAGGUUUAUAAUUAUACAAAAAUAUUCAUGUACCAUAUGCAAAGGAACUGUGAAAUGUUACAUUGUGUUUCCAAAUACUUGCGUUCACCUAUGCUGAAGUUGCUGCUGGUGAAUAUUCCUAGACCUUCUUUGCUAAUUAAAACCACCUGUUUGUCAACUUUAUAUUCCAAGUCCCCUUCCUGAAUUGUGUCUAUAACUUGGGUCCCAAAAUACCAAUAAUGACAUUUCAUUGUUGCACUAAACAGACCAGAAUGAGUCCAACAGUCUCAGAAUGCAAAGCAUGGAGUGACCACACGAUGGAGGCAUCUUUAAAGACUA